CACAUGCUGCUCUAGGUAGGGUUAUGAUUAGCUAUGAUUAUGCAUCAUGGUUGACACUCACCUUGAAUAACCCGUUUUCCAUUUAUAACCCCCACCCCCUUCGUUUCGUUUUCUUUGCGUGCCCAUCACCUUCUCCACUCUUCACUACCCUCAAAACCCUUUUCCUCUUACCACUUCUCAUGUGGCCACCGUGGCUCAACUCACCGAGCGGGUUCCGCAACACUCCACCGCCCUCACCCUCUCCGUCGUCAUCGCCAUCGCAUUCUCGAACUCGCUCCUUCAGCUUCUCCUGCUCCUCCUUCAAAGAUAUCCAGAGCCUCUUCCAAGACAACCCCGAAUCCGAACCCGCCGCUCCCAAAUCUCCGUCUCUCUUCCGCCGCGUCCGGAUCUCCACCGCCGUGCUCCGCGCCUGGGGGGCCUCACGCGCCACCGUUCCCGCCGCACUCCCGCCCGGCCUCGACCAAGGCGUCGUCGUCUACUUUACCUCCCUCCGUGUUGUUCGCCGCACAUUCGACGACUGCCGCGCCGUCCGAUCCAUCCUGCGCGGCCUCCGCGUCGCCGUCGACGAGCGCGACGUCUCCAUCGACGACCGCUUCCGCGACGAGCUCCACGCCGUCCUCGGCUGCCGCAGCAACCUCGCCCUGCCGCGCGUAUUCGUCGGUGGCAUCUACGUUGGCGGAGCUGACGACGUCCGCCAGCUCCACGAGAGCGGCGAGCUCCACCGGCUCAUCGAACGCCUCCCGCGCUCCAACCAGAACAACGCCUGCGAUUCUUGCGGAGGCUUCAGAUUCGUAGUGUGCGAUGAGUGCAACGGAAGCCACAAAGUCUUCACAGAGAAAAACGGAUUUAGAAGCUGUUCUUCUUGCAAUGCCAACGGCUUGAUUCGUUGCCCUGCAUGCUUCUUCGUGCUCCCGCGCCACACCAGAUAGCUACCCUACCCCUCAGUUAGUUACAGCUCACAGACAACUCAAUGAUGAAAUUUAAUCAAUCAUAUUUAUGUUGAUAAAUAAACACUUCCUCACUUUCAUUUCGUUUAGGUUACUACAUUACAUAUAUUAAUUAAUCGUGUAGUCUGAGAAUCUUACGGUAUGAAUAGGUAAUGAUAUUAUUAAUAAUUUUUGUUGUCAUUA